AUGGAAUCUUUAUAUACACAACCUCAAAGAGUUGUAUUGUGGAACCCAACCACCGAAGAAUUCAAGAUCAUUCCUCCCAGCUUGCGUGUGCCACGUCUCAUUGAAUCUUCUCCCCAUGAUGAUGAAUGGCCAGAGUUUUAUGUUCAUGGAUUUGGUUAUGACCAAGUUAACAAUGACUAUAAGGUGGUUCGUUGUGUACAAAUUCCUCUAACUCAUUAUCUACACAUCUUUUGGGAGAUAUAUAGCUUAAGAAAUAAUUGUUGGAGUGAACUUAAAUUUAAGAUGCCUGCUUCUUAUUCGGAUCGUCAGGAUCUCUAUGUGUACACCGACGGAACAUGUCAUUGGUUGUUUGUACGUUAUAAAGGUUAUAAAGAUAGACUAUGUUUAAUAUCAUUUUAUUUAAACAAUGAAGUCUUCAAUAAAACAUAUAUACCUUACAUGGAUGAAACUUUUGAUCUAGAAGGAGAAGGGAUACAACUGAUUGUGUUACAAAUGUUCAUUGGCUUAAUAUCAUAUCAUAAGUCUACGACUACACUUCACAUAUCAAUUUUAGGUGAAAUCGGCGUGAAGAAGUCAUGGACCGAACUUAUUGUUAUUGGGAUGACACCUAGUCUUAUGCAUCCUAUCAGGGCGAAAAAGAAUGAAGAAAUAACAAACAAUAAGCUAACCUGGUUUGACCAUUUAAUUACUCAUAUAUUUGAGAAGCUUGAAGGUAAACAACAUAAUUCUCUAGUAUAUUAUGAGAAAAACUAUUCACCAACAGCAGGAAUGGACCUCAUUGUUCGUAGACCUCCAAUUAUCAAUGUAUACGUUAGGCGUAAGCGCAAGGUCGAUUUAAUUAGUCCUAAAUUAUAUACGAAUGAAGUUGAGCUUGAUAUUGAUAAGAGAGAGGAUGAAGAAGAAUUGGAAGAGGGAGGUGGAGAUAUCGACAAGGAUGAUGAGGAUGAAUAA